AUGCGAAGAACAGACACUGAAGUGGACAAUUUUAUCCUACCCUCGGUUCUCAAAGCAUGUUGUCUUAUCCCUUCAUUCUUGCUAGGACAAGAGUUGCAUGGUUUUGUGGUGAAAAAUGGAUUUCAUGGGGAUGUUUUUGUGUGUAAUGCUUUAAUCAUGAUGUACAGUGAGGUUGGAAGCUUGGCAUCGGCACGACUAUUAUUUGAUAAGAUUGAGCAUAAAGACGCUGUUUCUUGGAGUACUAUGAUUAGGAGCUAUGAUAGGAGUGGCUUGUUUGAUGAAGCAUUGGACCUUUUGAAAGAUAUGCUUGUUAUGGGAGUGAGGCCUAGUGAAAUUGCAAUGAUAAGCAUCACACAUGUAUUGGCAGAACUAGAUGAUUUGAAAUUGGGGAAAGCCAUGCAUGCUUAUGUAAUGAAGAAUGGGAAGUGUGGGAAAUCAGGAGUUUCUCCUAGUACUGCUUUAAUUGAUAUGUAUGUUAAAUGUGAGAAUUUAGCUUAUGCAACAAGGCUUUUUAAUGGCUUGUCUGAUGCUAGUAUCAUUUCAUGGACUGCUAUGAUUGCAGGUUACAUUCAUUGCAAUAAUUUGAAUGAAGGUGUUAGACUCUUUGUCAAAAUGCUUGGAGAGGGUAUGUUUCCAAAUGAGAUUACAAUUCUUAGUUUGGUCAAAGAAUGUAGCAUACCAGGAGCUCUGGAACUGGGAAAAUGGUUACAUGCUUUCACAUUGAGAAGUGGGUUUACCAUCUCUUUGGUUCUGGCCACUGCUUUUAUUGACAUGUAUGGCAAUUGUGGUGAUGUUAGAAGUGCAAGAUCUGUUUUCAACAGCUUUAAGAGAAAAGAUUUAAUGAUGUGGAGUGCCAUGAUUUCAGCUUAUGCACAAAACAAUUGUAUAGAUGAAACCUUUGAUAUCUUUGUUCACAUGACUGGUUGUGGAAUAAAGCCAAAUGAGAUAACCAUGGUUAGCCUCCUUAGGAUAUGUGCAAAAGCUGGAUCACUUGAACUGGGCAAGUGGAUCCAUUCUUAUAUAGACAAGCAAGGAAUUAAAGAAGAUAUGAUUCUAAGAACAUCUUUGGUGGACAUGUAUGCCAAGUGUGGAGACAUAGAUACAGCUCAGAGAUUGUUUGCUGCAGCAAUGGACCGUGACAUUUCAAUGUGGAAUGCCAUGAUAUCUGGUUUUGCAAUGCAUGGUCAUGGUAAAGCAGCAUUGGAACUCUUUAAAGAAAUGGAAGCACUAGGGGUUGUCCCUAAUGACAUAACAUUCAUUGGAGUUCUUCAUGCUUGUAGUCACUCAGGAUUGUUGCAAGAAGGGAAGAAGCUGUUUCACAAAAUGGUUCAUGUAUUUGGGCUUGUCCCAAAAGUUGAACACUAUGGUUGUAUGGUGGAUCUUCUUGGUAGAGCUGGAAUGCUGGAUGAAGCACAGGAACUAAUUAAAAACAUGCCUAUGAGGCCAAACAUGGCUGUGUUUGGAUCUCUUCUUUCUGCAUGCAAGCUUCACAAAAAUCUCAAACUAGGAGAAUGGGCAGCAGAACAGUUUCUCUCAUUGGAACCCCACAAAAGUGGGUAUAAUGUUCUAAUGUCAAACAUAUAUGCAUCAGAAAAAAGAUGGGGUGAUGUUGCAUAUAUAAGGAGAGGUAUGAAGAAUAAGGGGAUUGUUAAAGAACCAGGUGUUAGUUCCAUUGAAGUGAAUGGAUCGCUUCAUGAAUUCAUAAUGGGUGAUAGGGAACACCCAGAUGCUGAAAAAAUUUAUGAAAUGAUUGAUGAGAUGGGAGAAAAACUGGAAGAUGUUGGAUACACCCCUGAUGUAUCUUGUGUUCUGUUGAACAUAGACAAUGAGGAGAAAGAAACUGCACUUAACUAUCACAGUGAAAAACUGGCAAUGGCAUAUGGGCUGAUUAGCACAGCUCCUGGUGCUCCAAUUAGAAUUGUGAAGAAUCUUAGAAUUUGUGAGGAUUGUCACAAUGCAACCAAGUUACUGUCCAAGAUUUAUGGGAGGGAGAUCAUAGUGAGGGACCGAAAUCGUUUUCAUCACUUUCAAGAAGGAUCAUGUUCUUGUUGUGAUUAUUGGUGA